AACAAAGAAACUUUCACAACCAGAUAAGUCUGUGUGGUGUCCAAGACCGUAUACAAUCUUCAAACUGCUACUGUCAGCAAGAUUCUGUUCAGCAUUUCUGAGUAACAUAUCAGACUGUGAUGAGACCUUCAACUACUGGGAACCUGUGAGUAAUAGUGAAGCUUUAUUCUUUGGUCACUGGUAUUAACCCUUUAACUCCCAAGAUCAGAUUGUAAAUUCUCCCCUGUAUCUGACACACAAUUCCAUGUAAAUAAGUUAUGAGAAUUUGGUGUUAGAUCAAGAUAACAACUUCUUCCUGAUAAGUUUGAGUAUUCUUAUUACCUGGUGGCUGGCUAAUGUAGGGAUAUUAUUGGGGGAAGGUACAGGUUAAUCACUUCAGGGAGUUAAAGGGUCAAAUACAACAUGUAUGUAUGAAGGGAGUAAGUUUCUAAAGAAACUGUGGUGCUGUGUGAAUGGGGGGUGUAACAAGAUUGUUUGGUUUCAUCAAUAGGGUUAAUAAUGUAAAUUAAAGCUAGUGUUCUAGGGAUUAGGUCUUUAACAGAGUAAAAAUCAAGGACAAAGGAGUAACACUUGAUAUGUCAGCUUUAGAAACUCUUUAAGGCAACCAAUUCAUGUCGUGAAUUCAGUUGAUUAAACCAAAUUGUCUUGUAUGUAUGUAUUCUUUAUUGAUCACUCCCCAAAUGGGGUUUUUCAGAGUCAAUAAGAAUGAAUCAUUUUGAAUAAAUGUAGUGUUUCACCCUUUCACUCCCAAGAUCUCAUCAAUAAUUCUCCUUACUGUCUGCCAUACAAUUCGUAUAAUGUUAGUUCUGAGAAUUUGGUAUUGAGUCAACUAAUAGUCCCCUAACUGAUAUUUUUCUUGAUUCUCAUCACUUUUCUGUUUGAUAUUGUAUUGAUUUGGUGAUGAGAAAUUCUUUCUUGGUCACUCAUGGCAGUUAAAGGGUUAAAAACCUCAGUCAGUUGGUUGGAGGCAGACAAGUGACAUGUAGCUUCAUUCAAAGCUACAAGCAAGGAGUUGAACUCAGGACAACUGAGACCAAAUCCAGUGAGAAGCAGAGUGAAGGGCCUGAAUUCAGGACCUCUAGAUUACAAGCCCAUUCUCUUUAUUAUGAUAUUUCUGAGCUUUUCGAUGUGGGACAAAUUGCCCAAUUUUUCAUAACUGAUUUCAAACAAGGAAAGCAUUGAGCUGUAUCUGUGGGCAAGUGAAACAACUGGUUGGUUGCUGGUACUAGCAACAUGGUGAUAAAGAUUGUUGAAUAUAUUGCUAUAACAAAUUUUGGAAAGGGGAUGUUUAGAGCAUCAAUUAAAUAUCAGAUUUUCAAAAUUUGUCUAUGUCGUUUUCCUACCUAUUUUAUUUUCUAAUUGAUAACCAACCAGUGCUUUCAAACCACAUUCAUUUGCAAAAUUCACAGACAUAUUUUACUCUUGCAUUGUGUUAUUUGUAAUUUGUCUAUUGCCUCGCUUCCACUUAAACCAAUGAAUUGAAUAAUAUUUUAUUUCUAUUAAAAGUAUGUAUGUUGAUGAAAUAUUCUCCAGGUGUGAUGGUUCUUGGUGUUUUGUCAUAAAUUAAUUAAUACUCCAAAAUGUACUUGCAAUUUGACAUCAACAACAAUCAAAUUUAAUGACACAUACAGGAAAUCAUACAGGAUUGCUGUUUUUCAAAUGUAAAUUGCUUUCAAUUGUUAUCAUGCUAACUAGGUACUGGUCUCUAUCACAAUAAGGUCACCUUCACCUCGCUCAAUCCAAAUCAAAGUCUUAGCAAUAAGUACACAACUGUAAAAUGGCCUAUUGUUACAAUCUUGCUUGUUUUACUAACAUUCAUCAUUGAUGGUUGUUUUAGAUGCACUUUCUGAUGUUUGGUUCUGGUUUUCAAACCUGGGAAUAUUCACCAAAGUAUGCCAUUAGGUCCUAUGCUUAUCUGUUGUUACACACUGUUCCUGGGAAACUACAGAUCCAAGUGUUUGAAGCAAACAAGGUAAGUUUUCUUUCAGUGCAGCAUUUUUGAUAUGCUUUUAAAUGAGCCAGGAAAACUGUCAGUGACAGUGUUGGUACUUGAGGUUCAGGCAUGUUGGAAGACUUCUCAGAUUGAAAAAAGAAAGACAGAAAAAGUGUUGUUCAGUGCAUGAAAAAGCAACAAUCACUGGCUGGGUUUUUUUGCUAGUGAUAACUUGGUAAAGCAUGACAGUUAUGGUAAUGUACUUCUGUGGUUAAGCACUUACAAUUGUUUGAUUUUUAAGCUACCUACCUUGAAAUUUCAGCUGGCAGCUUAAUUUCUUAACUUCAACCCUGGUGGUUUGGUUUUGUUCAUUUUUUUUUUUUUGUUAUCUCUCUGUCUUUUUUUUUCCUUUUUUUAUUUUAUUAUAAUUUUUUUUUUUCAACCAAAUGCCAUCCUACAAUUACAAGCUUUUGUCACUGAAAGUUUUCACCACCAAUUUGCACUGGAGCUUUUUAAGACCUAAACCUCAAAUUUUAUGCUUUUCAUUUGCAAAAUUUUGACAGUAGGUCACCAUGUCUCCCUCAUCCUUAGAAAAAUGUGGGGAUAGGAAUAUUUAUUCACAUGAAAUUGUGUUUUUAUCAUUUCUACACUGUUUAGCUGCUGGUGUUUUAUUUUCUACGAUUUGCUCUUUCAAUAUUCUCUGCAGCAGCUUGUGAGACGAUAUUUCUACAGGUAUGAAACCAUUUUAGAUUCUGUUAACCCAUUUUACUCCCAAGAUGUCAUUAGUCAUUCUCCUUACUGUCUGCUAUACAAUUUCUACAUACAGUUAGUUUGGAGAAUUUGGUAAUGGAUCAACUAAUAAUCUCCUCAUUGAUAUUUUUUCUUUAUUCUCAUCACUUGUCUGCUUGAUGUUGUAUUCAUUUGAUACUGUAAGGAGAAAUUCUGUCUUGGUCACUCUUGGGAGUUAGAGAGUUAAUACUCUUAAUAUUCAUAAGCUCAACUUGAUUAGUUGAUUGUAUCAGCAUUUGCUGAGAUGAGCCAUUCAUAUGGCACAUGUUGUUGAUGUUGAAACCCUGCUCAUGGCACUCGAAGAAAUUUGCAGUCAAAGCAACAGGUAUAUUUGGAGAUCUUCCCCUAUCGCUUUGAUAAGCUUAUUAAAUCACCUAGUGUGUCUAGGGCUCUAUACAUAAAUUUACAAUUGGCCAGACUCCUUAGCUUGUUGGCUCCUGGACUCCUUACAAUGCACAUAAAGAAAGUAAAACUAUCAUCUGGAGCAUAAGACAUGAAAAAAGUUGACAUGAGCUUUUUGGAAAUAAACUUAUGAACUCUUCAAUCCCAGAGAGUUACUUAAAUUAAAAUUUCUCCGGCACAAGUAUAAAGGAAAUGAUUGCCAUUUAAAGAAGCCCUUGAUUGUCAAACAAAUUCUGCUUGUCAGUUCCUUAGGAAAUGUACAGAGAGCAGUGUGGAGAAUAUGCAUACUGAUGUUUGGGUGUGAGAGGUCAAGGGUUAUAAAUUAGAGUGAAGAGGCAAAUGAAGGCUUAACCUUUUAACUCCCAGAAGUGAUUGAAAUCUAACUUCUCCUUUUCAUAUUCAUACAUUAUCCAACAAGCAGGUAAUGAGAAUACUCAAACUUAUCAGGUAGACAUUGUUGUCUUGAUCAAAUACCAAAUUCUCAUCACUAAUUUACAAGGAAGUCUGGAACAGCUGUAGGGGAGAGGGGAGCAGCUAGAAGGGAGAAUUAAAAAUGGGACGUUGUGAUUUUAAAGGUUAAACAAUGAUUCACACUCAAACUUGCUAAUGCCUUUUCACUUUUUAUCAAGUGUGGCCAGUUUUCAUUUUGAUGGUCACAUUUAACUCAAUUCUCUUUUCUGUAUAAACAUUUAAUAAAAGUGUGAAAGUAAACUGCUUUGAAUUUAUCAGAAUUAAGGGUUUUCAUCAAUUUUUGAAGUUGAAUUGGUAGCACAAGUUUACCCCUUCAACUCCCAGAAGUGAUGAACAUGUAACUUCUCCCUAAAAUAUCCAUAUAUUACCCAGCAAACAUGUAAUAAGAAUACCCAAGUUAUCAAGUAGAAGUUGUUAUUUACAUCUAACACCAAAUUCUUGUCACUAAUUUACAAGGAAAUGUGUAACAGCUAGAGGGGAGAAUUAACAAUCAGAUCUUGGGAGUUAAAGGGUUACAUAGUCUGUAAAGGUAAAGGUGAACUGGAAAUUACACUUAGUUGAUAGUAAUUGUGUAUUAAUGGUCCCUAUUUGUUUUAUGAUUUCAGUGGAAUAAUAAAACAAUUUGGGAAUCAUGUUGCAAGAAUAGCUGUUGUUUUUAUGAUUUUUAGUACUGGGAUGUUUAUAUCUGCAGCUGGUGAGUAUAAAUGCUGAUUAAAUGCUUUGAUUCAAAAUUUGGAAACCAGUGGUUUUUUUUUUUCACUUACAAGUUCAAAAAUAAAUCAUUUUGAUUUAAAACACUUUAAAUUAAAGCAUACCGGUACAUUUAAAUCAUCGCAGAUUGCUGGCAAUGAGUGAGAUCUCAACUGCAUAGUGGUCGACUGUGUGAUGUUGCAGCCAUCACCUUCCAGAAUAUUGUGAAAAAAGAAAGACAGGCUGGUAUUCCUGUACUCUGAGUGUGCAUGGUCAUUAAACCUACUGACUGGUGUUACUGUUGCUCUGGAUGACAAUUUCCAUUGUUGAAAGUGUUUGAACUAGCUAAAAAAGGGAAUAAGGAGUAAAUUAUAUCUAGAAAGUUAAGUAAGUUCAUAAGUUCUUAACUGAAGCAGGAGUUUGCUGUCUCAAAAUCAACAGUUUAAAUCACAUACCUGGAAUGCAUGAGAAAUAAUUACCUAUAGUUUCAGGGUGAGAGCAUAAGAUGAAUUUGUUUGCAUGAGUCUUGCACUCAAUGUGUAAGACUAAAGAGCUCUACCACUGAUGCUGUAAUUCUGGGUUAGUGCACUAGAAUCAAAUGUUAGUCUUUUGGAUCUUGAUCUGAACUGCUCCUUUACUACAUGUAGUCCUAAGAUAAUUUUUUUUUUGUUCCUCGAAGCAUUCCUACCCAGUACGUUUGCUAUGUACAUGGUGAUUUUAUCUUAUGGAGGAUGGUUUUCAGGAAAUUAUGCUGUAAGUUAUUGAUCAGGAUACACAAUUUUUUUAUGAUAGCGUUUACAAAUAAUGUUUAGUUUGUUUUUUAUAGCUACUGAAUGUUUAUCACUCAAUAAGUGAAUUAUUGUUCAAUCAGGUACUGUUUAGACUGAAGUAAAUAUUUGUAUAAGAUAAUAUAUGAUUUUUAAUAAGCCUCUUAUUUAAUCCAUAAAUCACUGAUGCUUCCCUCUCAACUAAAGUAUGAAUUUUUUGAUGACUUUCUGCUGUAUUAAAAUUUCUUGGACUUUAGACGAGGGUUUGUUUGAAAUUAUUUGUGAUAUAAUAGCUAUUUUACAGGACUGUACUUUGAGGGAGGGAGGUAAAGAUUUUAAACAUGGCAUCUGAUUAGGCCCAAAUUUAAAUUCACUGUAGUAUUUGGUGCGUGAAUUUUACAGAAAGGCAAGAUGGGGUGAGAUUUGAAGUGUACUGUUUUAAAUUGUGACGCUUGAAAUGCUGCCAAUAUUACAGAUGAUGGGUGAAUUUUUUCUAAAAUUCAUGUAUUGAAUGGAAUCAGAACCUGCCUUUUCUACCCUUCAGAAGGAAGUGGGUUUAAUGGUUGGUUUGGUUCAUUGUUCUGCUCAGUGGUCAUACCCAGACAAAAUAAGGGUGUUUGAUUCCAUAGUGCAUUUAUUGUUACAAAGAUACACUAGUGAAAAAAAUAAAUAAUUCAUUUUGUGUAUAGCAAUGUAAGCUGUAGUUUGAAAGUAUUACCAGGCUUUAAAAAAUUUUGAGACAACAUGACAAAGGUGCUAAAAAUGUCUUGUUAUACUGUAGUGCUUAAUGUAUUAUCUCCAUCAUAGGUGGCUGUCUUAGCAACAGCAGCUGGUUCCCUGAUUGGUUGGCCUUUCAGUGCAGUUCUGGGGUGGGUACUAAUGUUCAUGUAAUGGUAUUAAAAUGCUUAUUGACUGAGUUCAGUAGAGCAGGAAGGGGAAAACAUUUGGCUGAAGGUUAUGAUGUACAGACAAAGAGCAACAAGGUCCAUGCUUUGUGACUAAGGGCCAAAUAUUUUCCUGUUCAGCUCAACCGAAAUAAGCCAAUAAAUAUACAUAAUUUUUGGUUUGAAACUUACAAUUUCUCAAUUUCAUCGAAAAGAAAUUCGCUGCAAGUUGGAGUUUCCUUGAAACUAUCAGUGAUAAGUUCAUAUUCAAAAUGCUCUGUUUUGAUUCUAUUGAUUUGUUUUUUCUUGUAUUGUUUCAGAGUUCCUAUCGCAUGGGACAUCAUAGUACGACAAAGAAAAAUAAUAUAUUUUAUACAAUUAUGCCUUAUAUCACUUAUAGUAUUUCUGGUGAGUACCGCAAAGAUAUCUUAUGCACAUAUUUACUGUUACGUUUAUUUGUUAAAUGUGAUCAAAAUUUGGUGUUCAAUAUAGACUCUAGUUUUUCCCUUGAGCACAUGUACAGUGUAUGUAAAUGUACCUAUAUAUGUUCAUGUUAAAAAAUUUUCUCACAAGUGAAAAAUGAUAUAAAGCAAACCAAUCAAAAGUUUCUGUAAUUUAAUAAAAUGCUUUAAUUAGCAUAUUUUAAUAUUUACUUUUCAAUGUAUUGCAUUGUACAGACUUGCAUUACAUCAAUUGUGUUAGUUUUGCGUAUUUUGAAUUGUACGAGUCAUCACUUUAUAUAUCUUUCUAGCCAAAUUUGAUGUCUGUAUUGUAAGUGAUGGACCAAAUUUCUUGCACCAGGAUGGGUGCAAAAAUGGCCCAAGUGCAAAGUGCUUGAGCCAUAACUUGCAUGUUCCAUCACUUACAGUAUUGACCAAAAAAACAAGGUUAGUAAAGAUGUAUAUUAUAUCUAUUGGUUCAAAUAAGAGGCAGAACAUUUUAAUUCAAACAAACUUUUGAACUUAGCAGGCCGUACAGUUAAAUAUGCCCCACUAAAUUGACCAAUCAUAGUGUAUGUACUAAUAGAGAGAUAUAAUAAACUAUGUUAUGGUCUGCUCACAUGUCUGUGAGUUGUGUAGGUUGAAAAAUGAGAGGGCUCUCACUUCUCAUGCCAAACACCUUGUGGACCUUCUGCUGGCAAGCCAGUGGGGAGGGUGGACUGUUAACUCUUGGGAGAAGCUGGCCACAGCUGUAGAUGCUCAAGUGGGGGCCUUUUUGUAUUGGAUGACUAUACUAUAGUACACUGUGACAUUUGAUCGAAACUUUUUAAUAUGAUAAUUGUAACUAAUGUUUAUUUCUUUAUUUAUUCUUCAUUUAGGGACCAUUAGUGUAUAUUGAUUCCUUUUUCUAUGGCAAAACUGUGAUUGCCCCCCUAGGUAUUGUGCUGUACAAUGUAUUUGGCAAAGGUGGCCCAAGCCUCUAUGGUAAGGUUUGAUGGAUGGCAUUGCAUGCAGAGUAAAAGUGAAAUGAUCUGUGUAUCUUGAAUGUGUUUGGAAGAGUAUGGAUGGGAAGAGAGUAAUUUCUGUAACGUGUCUUGCUCACUGAUUGGCAAAAUUGAGUUGUAGUUGUAAUUGUGGUUUUUCCUGUAAUAAAUACAUACAUUGGAAUGUGUAUUUAGCAGCACUGUAUUAGCUUUCAUCCGGUAUUAAGCAGUUGGUUUUCAAAAUUCCAAAAUUGUUACCCCUUAUUUACUGUAAUUUUCACCUCUUUAAAGUGAUCAUGGUCACCUUUUGCUGAGUCCUAGUGGCCUGUUUGCAUUGUUCUCCACUGGUAUUGACUAUUCUUAAAACUAAGCAUAAUAUUUCAAGUAAACUUAAAUACAUUUUUUUCCCCCAAAAUCAAUGUUAGUAGUACUUUUUGAGCAAGUUUGUGUGCAUUUAGUUGUUAAUUAUGACAUGAAAUAGCCGUUUUUAACCUUUAAAUUCCCAGACCAAUUUGUAAUUCUCCUUACUGUCAACCAACAGUUCUUAUAAUAUUAGUUCAGAGAAUUUAGUAUUGGAUCAACUAAUUAUCGCCAAAUUGAUAUUUUUCUCUAUUCUCAUCACUUAUCUGGUUGACAUUGUAUUGAUAUUGUAAGGAGAAAUUCAGUCUUCAUCACUCAUGGGAGUUAAAGGGUUAACAUACCCUACUCUGUGAGACCUGUAUUAAGCGGUCUCCGUGCCAUUUCCUGUGGGUCAUCCAUCAAUACAUGUUCAACAUAAAUGGUUAAGUUUGUUAAAAGGAGCCAGGUAACAGUGCUUUAAAUAUUGUCUGCCUGGCAAAAAUGUUGGUACUUUACACCGUGAGAUCAGUAUGCAUUUUCUCCACUCUAUACUCUAUACGUGUCCUAAGGUGCAGACAUGAAGAAUUUGUUGAACAGUCCAGAGCCUCUUUACCUUCCAGAUCAUUCCCUUAAUUCUCAUGACAUUAAUGUGUGAUUCAGAGGCGAUAUUGUAAGGAGAAAUUAGAUGCUGGUCACUCUUAGGGGCCAAAGGGUUAAUACAGAGUAGGAAAUCUGCCGCGAAUUUUCUGCACCUUGGGCUUAGUCUAAAUUUACAUGCGAAUUUAGAAAGCUCUUCUUUUCUUUUGUUACCCAAAAGCGCAAACAUUUUCUUGGUCUGAGUGAAGAAAAAAGAGAGAAGAAGACGGUUUUGUGUCAAGGUCACCCAUAAUUUAGAAAAUGAGAAGGAGAAAGAGAAAAUUGUAGACUAACCUUUGCAAGGAUAAAUCCGCCUGUACAUUUUCACAAAUAUUUUUUUGUUUAGAGAGAUGACGUGGCAUAUGUUACUUUUAUUUUACAGGCGUUGAGCCGUGGUCGUUUUACUUCUUAAAUGGGUUUUUGAACUUCAACAUUGUAUUUCCUAUGGCGCUUCUCGCUUUACCUGCCUGUGUAAGUACUUGAACGGUCAAAAAGACCUUAUUGAUAAUAUUGAUAGCUGCAUGCGUGAAAGCGUGAAAUAAAUUUUACUUGACAUUUAAUCAUUUUGAAAGUUCAUGCACGCUUUGUGCGGCUGCGAAAGUUUGAACGAGCAACAAUAAUGCAGCUGUGAUAGCAGCAAAACUUUUCUACAGUUGUAUGAUGCAAAUGCAGUGUGAGUCAAAAUUUUGGUGUCUGCUUGCCGCAAAAUUUCCUGCAAAUGGAAAAGGAUUUCACCAACGUAUGGUGCAGUGGUUUAUUUACCUUGAGUGGAAUAUCUAGCAGGAAAGGUUGGAUCAAUGUUAGUACCUACCCCUACCCUAACCCAACAUGAACAUUGUUGGGGUAAGGAAGGGGUAAAGGUGCAGUUGUUAAGAUACUGACAUUGAUCGAAAAUGCUUUUUCCUUGGAUCUUAGAGGUUUCUCAAUCCGUCUCUAAAGAUUAACAAACAGUAAUUUUUUUCUUAUAGUCGUUGACAAAAUCUGAGACCAUGUCAGGGGAACAUGAAAAUGAUACUGUCACGACCCUUGUGUGUUUUGAUGCUCACAUUAAUUGUGUGUUAAACGUGAUUUAUUAACCAGAUAACAAUCUAUGCUUGACAGGUCUUUAUUAAACUGGUGAUGACUGGGAAAUCACAGGAAAAGAAAUGUAUAUGAACAAAAUUUGUUUUUAAAAUAAGAUUUUAGAUCAUCGCUUUAUGACAUAAACCAUAAUGAUAGACUUCAGGGUAUCAUAGUAUGGUGCAAAAGUUAUGCCCGAAACAAAAUUUUUGGCGACAUCUCCGCGAAUUUUCGAGUCAACUAUUGUUUGGAUCCGUCUGAACUUUCGCGUAAUAAUUCACUGGGGAUGUUAGUAAGUUCCGAAAUUUAGAGAAAGUUUACGCUUCUCAAAAGAUUCGCGGGGAACAUUUCAUUGAUAACGCCCAAUUUGUCAUGGAAAGCUACUUCGUAACGAUACACAUGUAAUUUCGCGCUGUGAUUCCUGUCUCCAAGGAAACUGCAAUCAUAGCAACCUUAGUAUUCCCAUCGUCUCGAUGUUUUCUGUCUUAUUUGAGUCCCUUUUUUGCAAUGAUUAACUGAAAAAUUCUCCCUAACUUCUUAUAACAUUAUGUUACUCUAAGUUACGAGAAUUUAGUGAUGCAUCAGAACUGACGGAUUUCCCUUCUUUUUUUAGUUCCGUCGUCAGUGUUACCAAUUUGGCUUUCACUUAUGGGGAUGUACAUUUGGAUUCUAAUUUUCUUCACAAGACCUCAUAAGGUACUGGGACUAGAUUACUCAUUAAUGUUUGAGAAUAUGUACGUGGUAAAUAAAAUUUGAAUGAAAACAAAGCAAUUUCAUUCGGACUUCGCGCAAUCCCUCCUUUCCGCCGAAGCCUUCGCGCAAGUAAAAAAAAAAACUGCGCCGUUCUGCAUGGCGUGCUAACAUCAAUUCAUCUCCAUUUUCUUAAUUUACGCGACGAACUUCGCCGAUAAGGAGGAAUUGUUCGUUGUCUAAGUUGAAUUACAAACUGACAUUAAUCACUUACCCAACUGGAAACGUGUUUUCAAACGUACAAAGCGGAAAAUUAGUUACAAUUCACAGGUUUGUCGUGAGCAGGAAAUUAUGUUGUAAUCACUGUCUGCAAAAUCGACUGUGUAAUGAUGUGGUUCUUAAUAGGAGAUUUAGACAUUUGCUCCUCUUUCCUUGUUAAAUGUAAAUAGUAUUGGUAACUAAUUCGUAACAAAAAAUGAUGAUUUAGAUAUGUCUGCGUUUUUGUCGUAAUAGGAGGAAAGAUUUCUGUUUCCAAUCUAUCCGUUCUUUUGUUUAUUCGGAGCUGUAACGCUUACCAACUCACAGGUAAGUACAUUAAAACUUUUUUUUUUUAACUUAUAUUAAAGCGAAGGAAAAGAGUAGCUUGUUCUCCAGCUAGCUUGCGGCUUAAUUAUUUUUGUCUGUUGAAAUUUAUAUUUCCCUUUCCACGUGUAAAAGCUCCUUUCAGUAUCAGUCACUACUGUGCUGAAAACAGUAUUUAUCUGUAAACCACAUCAGGAAAGGGUCAGGGAAACUCGUUUCUGAGUCUCCAAAGAUGAUACUCCGUUUCAAUUUAUUUUCUUUUCAUUAGAAAGGACGCCUGCAAGAGGAGAACAAACGCAACUAAUUUUUCUCAAUUUUUUUUUACGUAUUCAGCCAGUGGAAUGUGUUUUGUGGGAUGUGUCUUGGUUAGGCCUUAAAAAAGGUCUGAGGUAACCAUUUCAAUGACGCAAGGCAGCGUCUUCGUCAUGCAUUUUUUUUGUAUCUUUUACAGAAAUUAUUCCAUGGGCUUUUCUUUAGCGGAAGCAGACAUCAUUACUCGGCUUCUUCCACAUGGUUUGCAGUCUCUGCUUGUGUAGUGUUCUCAGUUUUGUCUUUGUCAAGAUCAAGUGCUCUUUAUUAUGGUGAGAUCUCCUUCACUGACACAGUGUAAUUACAAAGUGCUAAUGGGCCAGUGUCGGAGGAACGAGUUGUUGAAUUGUUGUGUGACACUGGAAGAAGGCUUCGGACAAUCUAAGAUCCCUCUCUUUAUCCAUGAGAUGACUGUCAUCUACAGCUGUUCUUGGAAAAGUUGUCGGAAGAAAGCAUAAAAGUUCACGCAACAACACCGAAAGGUUUUGUGGGUAGUUUUUAGGUCACGGCUCCAAGGCAAUGCUAAUUAAGAGAAAGGUCGGACGAGGCAUCGUAGGUUUGAUGAAUUUAUUUAUUGGUUACUGACAACCCAGAUCACCUUUCGAGAUUGUCGUGUGCAAUUAUGUUCCCUUUUCCAACGAACUUUCUCGAUUUAUCGCCGUCUCCUAAUAACCGCCAUGUGGGAAACCAAGAAUAUUACCAAAAGCCGUCUUCGAAUGUAUAGUUGUUAUUCGGCGAGAGUAACUACAACAUCAAAAGCUUAUGCGGCACAACAUUUUAUAAAACAGCAUCAGAGACCUAUUAUAUUCUGAAACAGAUUGAAGCUUUGGGUUUGAAAUGGCUUUACUUUUUUACUCUUCAAUAAUAUCUUGAACUUAUAUCACCAAGGUGACAGUGAAAUGUUAUCUUUGCAGGCAUAAACCAAAUCAUUUUAUUGAAAAAAAACCCUGUUUUUCAUGCCAAAUCCAGGCAGUGAAUCAUAAUGUUAAGAAGUAUUUGCAAGGAUUUUGAAAUAAAUUUUCCCACAGUUGAGUCACAAAAAUGCAUAUUUGUAGUUACAUGGGAUCGUUCUUCGAAAAAUUCCAGACAGAUACCGUAUCUGAAGAUUGUUCACUCUCUUUCUGGUUUCCUAGGUUACCACGCACCGAUGGACCUGUUUAUUGAGUUGAACCAUAUGUCGUCUAAACUUGAGGAGCCCCUCCCUCAGGGCAAACAAAUAAACCUGUGUGUUGGAAAGGAGUGGUACAGAUUUCCCAGCAGCUUUUUUUUACCCUCGGAAAGGUAGUUGUUGUUAUUAUGGGAGCUACUUCAAGUAGUCCAAUUUUGCUCGCAGUUAAAUGAAAUAAAGAAAAUUCUAAUGUGAGAAAUUGUUGAAAGGAAGCUUGGAACUUAGAAACACCACAAUACAAGUUUGGGUCUUCUGCCAUCUUAUGUACGGAGCCGCAUGAUGGGAGCAAGGCUAAUUUUGGUGGGGUCUCUGUAGCUUUACAUGCCAAUGAUAAGCUGCAACAAAUGAAUCAGCAGAGAGGACACCACAAGGAAUGCGAUCUGACAUCCCUGACCAAAAGGGGAAAGUUAGUGAAGUACUUUACCCAAUCCUCACCCGGAGGGUUUUUCUAGAGCCCGACUACUUUGAGAUCUGUCAGCUUUGGCCCGUCACUCUGAGACUAAAGCGAAAGGAAUUAUUUCUUUUAUGAUAAAAUUCACAUCCGUUUUAUUUUUUCCUCUUCAUAGAUGGCAUCUACAGUUUAUUCGUUCCGAGUUUCGAGGUCAGUUGCCAAAGCCUUAUGCUGACGGACGCAACGCUACAAAAAUUAUACCAACCCAUAUGAACGACAUGAAUGAAGAGGAGCCUUCAAGAUAUGUAAGUAUCUAGACACUAGGGCCCAGUUGUUCGUUAUUCGUCGCUCAGUUCUUCCUGGCCCGAAAUUUUUUCAUCGUGGAGAGAGUUGCCACGCAAAGUCCAUCUAGCUUGAAUUACCUUGUAUUGUGGACCUCUUAAAGUCGAUAGAUUCGCGUGGAUCAGUGCCUGCAACGCGACGCACAACGUCUCAAUAGUUGAACUUUUGUGAAAAUAUUUUUUCCUGUGAUAGAAUUUUGUCCCCGAAAAAAUUCGCGUUAUUUCAAACUGUUUUGUACUCAUGCUGCGAUCACUGCGCUAAAAUGGGUUGAAGCGACUUGUUUUGGAAGGAGCACACAGCAGGUUGUUCGACACAGAGAUCUGUGGCAGCAACUUGUUAAAAAUCCUGGUGUGCCCAGGCCCUUCACUCUUUUUUUGCUUUGAACUUUUGUAGAUGUCUAUCUCAAAAUGUGACUUCCUCGUGGAUUUAGAAACAGAAAGGGAAACUGAACUUGAACCAAACUAUGUGAAACGAACUAAGGACUGGGAAGUGGUGCUUCAGAAGCCAUUUCUGGAUGCAGAAAGGUAGGUAAUUGUUCAGUCGUACUGAAAAAGAAAAGUAAAAAACGUCUAUUUGUGUUGUCAGAUCUCGAACUUCGAUAAGCCCGUGAUUUGAGGUUGCUUAAAAACAUAAGUUGUUUGACGUUUUGACAUGCUUUAACCGCUUGCGGUAUCAACAGAGUCUGCGCCUUGGCCAACAAAGAGCCUGUAUUAGUAUCCUUUAAUUUGAUUCAUGUGGUUGAGAAAACAACUACUAAAAGCAACUUGGACCAAGAGUUUCCUUGCUUAUUUUGCAAUUUAUUUUUUCCACACUUCUCAGUAUGAUCGUUUGUGAAAUGUUGCUUUUAAUUGAAAAUGUGAUUGUCACUCCUCUCGUGUGUGAGGUCUGAUAGUCUAAAACUUUUCGGACCCAAAAUGCAAAUCGGAUGAUGUUAACCUACAAAGUGGGGGCGAAGUUUUAUCUAAGUGGUCGUCCUAACUUGCAGCUCCACGGUUUCGUAGUUAACUGACAGUUUGUAAUUCAUAGCUUCACAUACCUGAAUAUAUUGUCGAUGGUAUCCUUGGAUGGAUGGAGACUUUUAACAUGCUACCUAUUGUUGUAGCCUUCUGUGACUUCUUGACAUUUUCAAAAAUUCCUUUCACUCUGAUAAUGUUUACCUGUUUAUAUUGAAAAUUGCUGAAAGUCAUAAGAGAGAAACCUGGCCCCGGUUGUUCGAAAGGUUGACAAAGCCAUCUAUUAGAUAGAUCUCUACCCGGUGGGUAGUGCAUGACGUUUUGUUAACACUUACCCAGAGGAUUGCGAUUCAUCCGUUGGAUUGCGUGAGUCGCCUUUUGAACAACUAAGCCCUGAUUAAAUAUUUUCCUAGCAAGCUUAAGCAGACCAGCUCCUGCCAAAACUUUUUCUCUCUGCAUGACCAAAGGUCUCCUCGGUAGAACAAGUUUCCUUGUCUCACACGACUCUGUUCUUUCUUUUCGCAGAUCUCACCGACUUUUCAGAGCAUUUUAUAUUCCCUUUGUCUCCUACCGCUUCACAAAAUAUUCAAACUACGUUUUGCUGAGAUCACUACGAAAGACCAGUGCGAAGGCAAAGAAAGGAAAAGAUAGAAAAGCUGUUGUCAAGGAAGAAGAUGCAACAGUUUAACUAGCACUGUAUUUAGGAAGAGACAUAGCUAUUGCCUAGCUUACAAAUGCAAGAAAUUUUUCAACUAAUAUCGUCAUCACAGUUUCGUCUUCUGCCCUUACGUUUACCGGAAAGGAGUGGUCGUUUAAUUUCGUGUCGUAUUGUUUUCCUUUCGGGUAUCUUCAGACAAGAUCAUUUCGCGACGAACCUUCCUGAACAUGCUAAUGAACUUACGGCAGGCACGUUUUUCAUUAGGCCAUUUCCGAGAAACCCGAAGACUCCCUUUCAAAACGAGGAUAUAUGAUAAAACUGAUCUUGAAAUGAUCUGCUUU